CUAAGCGGCUUUAAACCCUAAUCGUAUCACCACCCUCUUCGUCCCUCUCUCUCUCUCUGUCUCUCUCGACGCCGACGAAAGCAACCAUGGGUGCCAAGGCGAAGAAAGCUCUGAAGAAGAACAUGAAGAAGAUAUCUGCGUCGGCUGCUUCUUCUCAGCUACCUCUUCCCCAGAACCCGAAACCGUCGGCUGAUUUUUUGCCACUAGAAGGAGGUCCAGCUCGAAAAGCUCCAGUAACUACCCCUAUUGAGUCUAAAGCCACUGUGCUAUAUAUCGGCCGAAUCCCUCAUGGCUUCUAUGAGACUGAGAUUGAAGCUUUCUUCUCGCAGUUUGGAACAGUAAAGAGAGUUAGAGUCGCCAGAAACAAAAAGACUGGGAAGUCGAAGCAUUUUGGGUUUAUACAGUUUGAGGACCCUGAGGUGGCGGAAAUCGCAGCUGGUGCAAUGAAUGAUUAUUUGUUGAUGGAGCACAUGCUUAAAGUCCAUGUUAUUGCACCAGAAGAUGUUAAACCCAAUCUGUGGAAAGGGUUUAAGUGUAACUACAAACCAGUGGAUUGGGUUCAGAUUGAGCGUAAACAACACAACAAGGAAAGGACAUUGGAAGAGCAUAGGAAAAUGUUGCAGAAGGUAGUGAAAAGGGAUCAGAAAAGGAGAAAGAGAAUCGAAGCUGCUGGAAUACAAUAUGAAUGCCCUGAGCUUGUUGGAAACACCCAGCCAGUACCAAAGAGGAUCAAGUUUAGUGAAGACUAGAGAAGCCGAAGCUGAACAACACUUCUUUGAUACGCUUUUUUGGAUAGGAUUCAGUUCUGUUGUACUUUUGUCAUUGGAUCAAAAAACUAAACUUUAAAGUUUGCAAUGAAACUUCCUGUUUGAAUGGAUCUCAAA